AUGAGGACGUAGAAACAAAUAAUAAGUUUCCUUCUGCCUUGUACACGAAUGUUCAGAUUUCUGCAAACUUUUAGAUUCUAAAUUAAUUCCAUUUUAUGGCAGAAAUGAAGGAUAACAAAGAACAAGAAGAUUUAGAGGACGUACCGGUCUUGUGUUCACAAAGAUGGAUUUUGGCGUACAUUGGUUUCUUUGGGUUCGGCGUUGUUUAUUCUUUACGAGUAAACAUCAGUGUCGCUGUCGUCUGCAUGUUGAAGCCGACAAAUGUGAUUGAAGCAGACCUAAAUAUUACCAAUUUUACAACCGCCUUGCCGACAGAUGUCGCCUGUAUAAAUGAAAUGAAGGCAGCCUCGCAUUCCAGUGACCGAGCAGAACUGGAGUGGAGCACAGAAACCAAGUCGUCCAUACUGGCCUCAUUUUUCUACGGUUACAUAGUAACACAGGUACCUGGUGGAUGGCUUGCUGAUAGGUAAGAUGGUUAAC